UUUUUUUAAAGUGCGUGAACAAGGAGGAUAAGCCGACCCUGUCUGUCUGUCUGAACGUCUUCCUUUAAAUUCCUUUUUUUUUCCCCUCACUGCUAUUAACGAUUUCUCAUGCCGAUCCGUCAUUUUGACAUCUUCACGGCAGAACGACGACUCAUUCAAACGUCGGCGGUGUCGCAACUGAAAGAUACGAGACUAGGCAUCGAAGGCAACUACUGGUUGCGUAAAGUGCUUGCCAAGGAGCCCGCCGUCACUGCCAUGGGCGGUACGCCUUUGGGGUUACGUCAAUCCAUCGAAAAGGAACUGGAAUACUACAAAACGCAUCACAUUCAGCCUGUUUUUGUAUUCCCGGGUCUUUCCAUUCUUCGUAAAAGCAAACCAUUCUCCACCGAGGACACUCGUCCGGGACAUCGCGCUGCCGGCUGGGACUUUUACGACAAAGGCAAACCCGACAUGGCUCUUGCCAAUUGGGGCAGCAGUGGCGGUGUACCUCCCGCCGAUCUCAUGAACUUGGUCUGUCAUAUUCUACACGAACACGACAUUGACUUCGUCAGAGCACCGUACUCGGCUUGGGCUCAGUUGGCGUACAUGUACACACACCCCAAAUCAAUGAUUAAUGCUGUUUAUGGUGGAUCAGAAUUGUUAAUGUGGGAUAUUGACAAGAUUAUCACUGUGAUUGACACAGAAAAAGGAAACUAUCAUUGGGUUAGCAAAAAAACGGUGAUUCAAGACCUGCGAGUGUCCGACGAGCAAUUCCUGGACAUCUGUAUAUUAGCAGGAUUUGAAUACUGUCCGAGCUUCCCGCCCUUGAACACAACCGUCAUGAGUUUCACAUUCAAAGGUAAACAAGAUCUGCCAAGAAAGUAAGUACAUGUGAUUUAUGAUGAUUUUCCUCUGUGCUUUGCUAGGCGUCCACGAUCUGAUCAGACAACACAAGACGGGAUUCAAUGCAGUGCAGGCUUAUGCGGAUGAUCCUACACUGAGCAAGAUCAAUUAUGUCGAUACCUUUUGUCGUACACGAUGCGCCGUCAAGUAUCACUUGGUCAUGACCGAUGAAGGCGAAGUGAAGCCUUUGAAUAUCGACAAUUCCCCCAGUGAUAUUCACGAGUUUAUCGGUUACCGUUUGCCAGAUGAAUUUUACUAUUACUUGUUCCGCGGCCUUAUCGGU